AUGAUCAUGAUCACACAUACAACGGCUCGUUAUAUGAUGACACGCAAAGGCAAUAUGAUACACACGUACAACGGCUCGUUAUUCAAUUUAUCUAACUCCUACUUAAUUUUUAAAAAUCUUCAUCAGAUAAAAUUUAUCGAAUCAUCGUUUGCAUCGUCAUCUUCUUCAACGUCGUCGCCAAAAGAUGAACAUCUCAACCCUCACUUCAAACAACAUCCAAGCCAACAACUAAACCAACAACAACAAAACCAGCACCAACCUAAUCUAAAAUGUCGCUUCAAACGCCAAUACUACGACCUGGCGACAUACAGACGACACAUGUCCACAGCUUGCUACAAGUUUAUGUUCUCACCCAUCGACUCCGACCACUUUUUCCUGGCGUCUCUCGACUAUAGCUACUUACGCGUCGUGAAGACUCCUAGCGAUGCCAUCGUCAACUUGUUCUUCCCUCAAGAUGACAAACUCGCGAGGGCAAAUUUACUAAAAAAUUACUCCAUUCUACAAGAAGAUAUACAACGUAGAGAGGAAACCAGAAAGUUGAGACAACUGGAGUACAUGCACCGACAACAACAGCAGCAGCAACAACAACAACAACAUCAUCAACAACAACAACAACAUGAAAACAAUAAUGAAAAAGUCAAUAGCAGAGAUAAAAUAGUUGAUAAUGACGUUAACAACAUUAAAAGUAACAUCAACUUCAACUCAAACAACAUUAUAACAAGCGCGUUCUACCACAACGACACUAAAAACAGCAGCAGCAGCAACAACCAGGAUGGCGACAACGACGAUUAUUACGACGACGGCACGUAUGAGGAGAAAGAUGAAAAGUUCUACGCAUCGUACGGAUUCAUCAUCAGACUCGAUCCUAUGCUGCAACGUCAUCAUGACGUCAUAUGCCAUCUAUUAGGAGAUAUUUAUCGAAAUAAUAAAAGAUCGUAUCUAAUGGAGCCAACGCGACACGACGCGACACCAUACGACGCAACACGACACGAAAAUGACAUCAAAGUCGAUGUUGAAUCUCGAAGCUAA